UUUCACUGUUUGAUAAUGGAAGCUACUCCGGGCCCAUGUGUAAAUUUACAUGGCUCGUCGCUCCAAUGCGCUUCCAAGUCUCCCGUGCGAAAUCAGUGCGCGGGACAGGAGUGGCUUUGGAGAUAUUCCAAACUCGAAGAAUGUGAAGUGGCACGUUGGGUGCAUGUUGGGCCUCGAGGGCUCGUGGCAAGAUGGCGGCCAGAACAUCUGUUACUGGUACAAGGCUUCCUCUUUUUCUUUGAGUCCGAGGAACCACUGCACAUCGUCUAUGUGUUGAGCCUCUCAUCUAUUGUCGCCGUCACGGGAGAUGGUAAGGAGGCUGCGCAUAAGGAUGGGGGGCUACAGUCCCUGGAGGAGCCCUGUCUUUUGCUUCAAGCGGUGGUGGGAGGUCGAUCGGAGGCUGUCCGCCUCCGCUUUGCUGAUGUGGAGGAGGCUUUGCGCUGGCAGCAACGCUUUGAGGCUGCCAAAGAGUCUGCAAAGACGCCGCAGCCGGAAUUCUUUGUGCCGACGGCCCGCUUGUGGCAGGCACUCGAGGUGUGGAAGCGGGAGGCUGCGAUCAACAGCAGAGACACCAUCUCCAAGCUGCAACAGGAGUUGGGACAAUGGAUUUUCCCUGCUCAAGCACUACUUUUUCAGAUUUGGUUGAAGCAGCGGCUGUCAAGCCGCCUGAAUUUUUUCCUGCAUCGAGCCUGCUGCGUAAGUGACAGAAAAGGUGCCGGCAUAGUCCUUGCCUCCCUUGCAGCGCUCCAUUCUUCACGCGCAGUGCAGACGCUGAAACGCAAGCGACUGCUCUGGGCAUUUCGAAAAUUGUCGCGCUGGCGUCCAGUGGAAGGCUUGGAGGGGCUUCUUCGCUGUUGCGGACGUCGCUACCGCCACUCAACGCUGAGGGUGCUUUUACACGCCUGGCUCCGGGCUUCCUCACCAUCCUCACCCUCCACUUCUGUGCAAGGUUCCUCUUUAGUGCAGGACACCAAUUUCCUUUCCUUCCAGGUAUCGCUGCAAGCUGUGGCUUGGGAGGCCUGGCGCCGUGCGGCGACCGCAGCAAGCCUCCAGCGACACCAGGACGCCUUGGACGAGGCAUUAAAUACAAAUCUAGAGCUGGUGCAGGAUUGUCAGGAGAUUGCCGUCAAAGUUGGUCUGCAGCGAUUGGUCGCGACGGUUGGUCGCGCCUGCCGCAGACGGAAG